AUGGCACCCAUAGAAGAUCAAAGAAAAUCGGUAUUAAUUACAGGUUGCUCACCAGGAGGCAUUGGAAAUUCGCUUGCACGAGAGUUUCAUCGUAAUGGGUUGCGCGUGUUCGCAUCAGCCCGCGAUGCAAAAUCACUCGAAGAUCUAUCAGCUCUCGGCAUAGAGACCUUGAGCCUCAUCGUGGAUGAUGAGAACAGCGUCAAGGCAUGCUAUUCUGAAGUAGAGAAGAGGCUCGCGGAUAAGGGACUGGAUUAUUUGGUCAACAACGCCGGGCGAAAUUAUACCGUCCCGGCAAUGGAAGCAGACCUUGCGGAGGCCCGAGCAACCUUUGAAACCAAUUUCAUCGCAGUCAUCUGCAUGUGCAAGGCAUUCCUUCCACUCCUUAUAAGAUCCCAGGGCACUAUCGUGCAAAUUGGAUCUGUUGCAGGGGUGAUUCCUUACGUAUUUGGCUCGGUAUACAACGCCUCGAAAGCCGCUCUGCAUUCAUUCAGUGACUCUCUGCGUGUUGAGCUGGCGCCAUUCGGCAGCUCCGCCAGAGUACAUGUCACUACGGUUAUUACCGGCGGCGUACAGUCUCGCAUUGCCCGCAUUGAACGUACCCUAGUGCCUAAUUCCCUAUACGCCUCGAUUGAGGACGAAUACAAUCGCCGCGUGAUCCAUAGCCAGGACGGUGCCAUGCCGCACGCUAAUUAUGCACGGAGCGUUGUUGCACAAGUCCUGUACGGGUCCGCCCCAUGGCGAUGGUUCUGGCCGUGGGCAGAAGGGCGAAAAAGUUGGAUUUGGGAAGGAAACAAAAGCUGGGUGGUCUGGUUGCUGACUGGAGGAUGGGCAUGGACUGGCCUAUUCCAUUACGCCAUGACGAGGAUGUUCAAACUAAACAAAUUGAGUCGAGGUAUUGGCGGCCGAAUCUCCACUCUUCUUUUCUUUACCCUCAUCAAAUCCUUCGCCAUGUUCAAGCUCGCCCGCAGCAGACCCAUUGCGGCAGCUCUCAGAGCCGCGACGGAGACUUCCGUCCCGUCCCGCCUGGGCCAGCAACAGAGAAACCUUUCGAUCCACGAAUAUCUUUCUGCAAACCUCCUCAAGUCGUAUGGCGUUGGAAUGCCCAAGGGCGAGGUUGCUCGCAGCGCAGAGGAAGCCGAAGCCGUUGCCAAGUCCCUCGGAAACGAUGACAUGGUCAUCAAGGCACAGGUCCUCGCCGGUGGUCGUGGUAAGGGCUCUUUUGACAACGGUCUUAAAGGUGGUGUGCGCGUCAUCUAUUCCCCUACUGAAGCCAAGAUGUUCGCUGGCCAGAUGAUUGGACACAAAUUGAUUACGAAGCAAACCGGUGCUGCUGGUCGUCUUUGCAACUCCGUGUACAUUUGCGAGCGCAAGUUCGCUCGCCGCGAAUUCUACCUUGCCGUUCUCAUGGACCGGGGAUCUCAGGCCCCUGUGAUUGUUGCGUCGUCGCAGGGUGGCAUGGACAUUGAGGCUGUCGCCAAGGAGAACCCGGAGGCCAUUAUUACCACCCCCAUUGAUAUCAAUGUUGGCGUGACCGACGAGAUUGCCCUCAAGAUUGCCACCGAGCUGGGCUUCUCUGAGCAGUGCAUCCCGGAGGCCAAGGAAACGAUCCAGAAGCUGUACAAGGUUUUCAUGGACAAGGAUGCUACCCAGAUUGAGAUCAACCCUCUGUCGGAGACCUCGGAUCAUAAAGUCAUGGCCAUGGACGCUAAAUUGGGCUUCGAUGACAACGCGGACUUCAGACAGAAGGAGGUCUUCUCCUGGAGAGACACCACCCAGGAAGAUGCCGACGAGGUCAAGGCUGCUGAGCACGGACUGAACUUCAUCAAGCUCGACGGUGACAUUGGAUGUUUGGUCAACGGAGCCGGCCUUGCCAUGGCUACCAUGGACAUUAUCAAACUCAACGGUGGCAGCCCCGCUAACUUCCUCGAUGUUGGAGGUGGUGCUACUCCGGCCGCCAUCAAGUCUGCUUUCGAGCUUAUUACUAGCGACCCCAAGGUGUCGGCCAUCUUCGUCAACAUCUUCGGUGGUAUCGUCCGUUGCGAUGCUAUCGCUCAGGGUCUGAUCAAUGUUGUGCAGGAUAUGGGUCUCCGCACUCCCAUCGUCGCACGUUUGCAAGGUACCAACAUGGAGCAAGCACGUGAGCUGAUCAACGAGUCUGGUCUGAAGAUCUUUUCCAUCGAAGACCUCCAGAACGCUGCCGAGAAGUCUGUUCAGUUCUCGAAGGUCGUCAAGAUGGCCCGUGAAAUUGACGUCGGUGUUGAGUUCACUCUUGGCAUCUAA